CAAAGCUGUGCUUCUGCCAUGGAAACUCUGUGAUACAUAGAACCCCCGGGGAUUCCCCCCCCCUCCUCCCCUUUUCAAAGCUAAUCUCGAUCUGAUGCACGGAAAGGAUGAUUCAUCACCUCUCAAGCCACCAAGUCCGAUCGCGGAAACUGCCAAGGCCCACUGCACCACACGGCCAGGCUGGAAAAACUGCAUCUUUCCCCCACCCGGAUAUCGAAUCCGUGAUUUACAGGUCUCUUAUUGAAUGGGGGGAAGGGGGAAAGGGUGGUGUGGGAGAUGACACCGCCAAAAACGCCUCCACUGGCUAGUCUCGCCUAAAAUACGAAUCGUGCAUGUCUUAC